AUGAAUUUGAUAGAAUGGAUUGUCUCUACCAUAAUGAUGACAGAAUUUCUCUUAGGAAAAUGUGCCAAUGUCUUCAUAAUAGUAGUGAACUCUAUCGACUGUAUCAAGAGAAGAAAGAUCUCCUCAGCUGAUCGAAUUAUAACUGCUCUUGCCAUCUUCAGAAUUGGUUUGUUGUUAGCAAUGCUAAUGAAUUGGUAUUUACAUGUGUUUACUGAAGAUGAUAUGUACAAUUUACAAAUGAGAGCUUUCGCAGGAAUUACCUGGGCUAUAACCAAUCAUUUUAGCACUUGGCUUGGGGUCAUACUCAGCAUGUUUUAUUUAUUCAAGAUAGCCAAUUUUUCUAACCGUCUAUUUUGUCAUGUGAAAAGAAAACUUGACAGUGUUCUUCUUGUAAUAUUCUUGUCAUCUUUUCUGGGUUUUUUUGCAUAUCAUGGGGUGGUGAACUUCAAGAUGAUUCCUUGGAUGAGCAUUCAUGAAGGAAAUGUGACCAUAAAGAACAAACUGAAGGAUAUAGCAAAUCUUAGAAAUAUGCUUGUCUUCAGCCUGAUAAAUAUUGUACCAUUUAGUAUAUCACUGAACUGUGUUCUUCUCUUAAUUUAUUCUCUAGGCAAACAUCUCAAGAAUAUGAAAUUCUAUGGUAAAGUAUGUCAAGAUCACAGCACCAUGGUCCAUGUAAAAGCUUUACAAACUGUGAUCUCCUUUCUCCUGUUAUAUGCCACAUACUUUAUAUGUGUAGUUAUAUCAGGUUGGAAUUUGCUAAAUGCACCCAUCUUCCUAUUUUGCAUAGCAAUUGGUGCCUUAUACCCAACAGGUCAUUCUUGUAUCUUGAUUUGGGGAAACCAGAAGCUUAAACAAGUCCUUCUGAUUUUUCUGAGACAGAUGAGAUACUGA